UGACUUCUACUUACCUCUGCGUACAUUCUUUGCUUCAGUCUAUAUCUACUGAGCCUUAUCCUUCACUGUUUCUAACUACCAGGCCUCUCGCGAACACAACUUCAUACUCUGUCUGCAGCAUCCACGUUUCUCGCGACUGCAAUCCUGCCGACUAUUCCAAACAGAACAUCUGAAAACAACAUAAUGCCUUGCUACCACGAAAUGUCACCAUUCUCUCAAGUCCCUGCUCGCAUGGAGCGAAGGGACUCAGUCAGCUCUCUGGCAUCAGUCUCGUCUAUCAUGGAGGACGAUUCUUUGGUUCAUCGGCCAUCCAUGUCCUAUGUGAAUGUGCCUGACAGCUCUCUCCACGACCUCUCCGGCCAUGUUAGAACCAAUGGGUACCUUUAUAUCUGCUGCCAGUGCCAAGAUGGACCCAAAUUAUACAACAUUCAACCCCAAUGCGUUAUAUGCUCCCACGUUGUCUGCUCGGGAUGCCACCCUGUGAAGUAAUGAUCUAGAACAUUUCGACCGGUGGAGUGUUCAACUUACUAUACUUUAAUGUCGAGACGGGAUCUUACGACAGCAAUGCGUUUUUGAUGGCUAUCUGAGCGAUUUCUUUAUGAGCAUGGCACGGCAGAAACAUUCAUGGGCGAGGGAGUCUUGGGACCUCUUUUUAUCGUUAUUUUUUCUUUUCCUUUCUUGGAUUUUUAUUCUCAUGCAUGAGCGCAUAGGCUUGAGCGGUUACAGUGUUUUGAUUUUUGUGAUGUUUGAGUUUCGUGAUGGGCCAUGGGGCCGCUACAAGACAAAGUAUAGCUGGACUAUACUUAGUCUUGCAGCCG